AUGGAGAGUGUUCUUACGGCAAGUAAUCCGCUGUUUCUUUUGUGGCUUGUUCUCACCUAUCACGAAACAGACCUGAAUUCCUCCAACGCUACUGCUGCAGGCACUCUUCGUAUCUGGGGGUCCAAGGAUGCCAUUACGGACAUCACCAAAGCAGCAGGUUGGGAGAUUCUUGGCUGCGACCCUGCCGCCCUCUCUCAAGACAUCCGUCUCGUUUGCACGACCGAAGACGACCCCAACUCCGAAUGUGGCCAUCUCUACCAAAACAUCGGAGCCGUGAACAAGCUCGUUCGCUUGCCAGAGGCCUGUGGUGGUAGCGCAUUCGCGCGGAUCGCCCGGGCUUGGGAGCCCGCCGACCAAUCCAUUCCUUCCCAACUGCAAUCGCGUCUUGUGCGUCGCGAUGGCACGGUCCCUGUGGUCAAAGCUCUGCGUCUUGAUACCAACUUCGACUUGGUUGACUACUCCCAAACCGGUGUUGUCAACAUCGAAAUCUCUAGUCUUGCUGGUGCUGAGGAGUUGGAGGCUCGUCAACUCAAACCUAUCUCUGGUGGUGGCGUUGCUGCGCCCGUCGUUUCAACGGGAGGAAGUGCUGCUGGAGAGAUUGCUCAACCCGGCGGAAGCGCCGCUGGCUCUCUUGAAGUUGUAGCCGGCCAGGCCCCCAAGGACGGCAACGUUGAUGUUAUCAAGAAAGCCUUCAAACUGACGCCUUUGGCGUUCAACAAGAAGGUCAGCCUGGUCAGCCAGACCGCGAAAUGUGGGCCCGCCACUGCGAAGCUCGCCGUCGAUUUGGCUGCUAAUGCCAAAGCUGAUGCGUCCAUCACCGUCUCGGCCAAGGGUACCGUUGUCCCUCCCAACCUCUCCGACUUCGCCCUUGUCGCUGGUGUUAGUGCCAACAUCGGUGGAACUGUCACGAUGGUGGCUGGUCUUUCUGGCCGCAUGGACUCUGGCAAGAUCAACCUCCUCAACCAAGCUGUCACUGGCCUCAACUUCCCCGGUGUCCUCACCGUUGGCCCCGUCUUCAGAAUCGAUGCGCAGAUGGUUGGCGAUGUCCAAGUGCCCAUGAACAUGAACGUUGGAAUCAACUUUGCCAUCAAGAACGCACAACUCGCUUUCCCCCCCUCCGCUGGAGGCAAGCCAGCCACUAGCGCAUUCAGCGUUGGAGACAUGCGUCCGUGCACCCUGUUUGUUCUAUGCGACGAAACAUUGACCCCUGUUUUUCCAGCGCUUACUAUCAACGCCGAGGCUGGAGUUAAGGCAACUGGAACCGUCACCGCUCACAUGAUCCCCUCGCUCCAAGUCGCCGUCAACGCCCUCGGAGGCCAGGCAACCUCGCAAAUCUUCAUCGACUUCGAUACCAGCGCGUCGCUCACCAUGGGUCUCGAUGCCAACGCCUCCGCCAAGAAAACUGUCGACGUCAAAUCCGCUGCCAAAUCCGCCCUCGCAACUAAGAGCACCGCCUCUGCUGCCAAAACAGCUGCGACUCCCCCAGCCGGUGUGGUUUGUGCACGUCAGGGAACCAAGGGUGUCACUGCCUGUGUCCUCCCGAGCAAGAAUGCGGCCAAGUCCGCUGCUGCGAAGAAGCCUGCCGCAUCGAAGGCCGUCACUGCCAAGAAAGCUGCCCCGAAGAAGGCUGCAACCAAGAAGACUGCAACGAAAGCUGCAACCAAGAAGACCGCAACGAAAGCUGCUGCUACAAAGAAGACUGCAACAAAGAAGACGGCGACUAAAGCUGCUACAAAGAAGACGGCGACAACUGCCAAGAAACCCGCCACCAAGGCCACCGCGAAGACUGGCACUACUGCUGCUAAGAAGCCAAUCAAGCUACCCGUCGUCAAAAAGGCCGGCGUCAAAGUCCAGCGACCUGUUGUGAAGAAGACCGCCGCAAAGAAGCCCGCGACCGCUGCCAAGAAGCCAGCCACCGCUGCCAAGAAGCCAGCCACCGCUGCUGCCAAGAAGCCUGCGGUUGCUAAGAAGGCCGUUGCUACCAAGAAGGCGCGUGACUUUGAGCUGUUCGAGGAGCCAGAGUACGAGCUCGAGGCACGCGAGGAGGAAUUCGACGAGGAGGAGAUUGACCUUGACGCACGUGAGGAGGAAUUCGACGACGAGGAGCUCGAGCUUGAGGCACGUGAAGAGGAAUUCGAUGACGAGGAACUCGAGCUCGAAGCACGUGCUGCCGACGAUGCUGCUGCGAAGGACGCCAAGGCCCCCAAAGCACCUGAGCCCGCCGCCCAAGCUUCGUUCUCUGGCUGCGUCAAGGUCAACACUGGCCUCGCCAUCAACGCUGGUGCCUCCGCCAACUUCUUCAGCCUCUUCAGCAAGAGCACCAAGGCCAACCUCUUCACCAAGAACUUCGCCGUACUUAACAAGUGCUUCAAGAAGUCCACCGUCCCCGAGCCAGAGAAGACGGCCGAUGCUGCCAAGAAGGCGGCCCGUGAAAUCCGCUCGUACCCGCGUACUUCCCGCUUCGAGCGCAUCCAACGCGCUACUCUGGCUUGCCCAGUUAGCGCCUCGCCCGUUCUCAAACCCGUCACCGCGGGCACUGUCAGCUCUGCCAGCAUUGUGUAG